GCUAAAGAAAAGAGACGCACUUCGUUAUAAAGAGGGUAAAAGAGGGGUACAUACUGCACGGUAGAACAGCAUUUACUACAGUAGUCACUUUAUCAAGAGCGAACAAACGUUUAGAAGGCGAGGCUACCAGGCAAAAUGAUUGCGCGGGAUAUUUCUCAACAUUGCAUCAGGGUGACAGACGCGUGAUCGAUCAGUCUCACGUUUAUAAGUUCUAGAUCGAAUGGAAGCGACUUCGUUGUGUAGAGUAUUAUCUAUUCAAAGUCACGUAGUGUCAGGCUAUGUAGGAAACGAUUCUGCCACAUUUCCUCUUCAGGUUGGUAACUUAAUACGAAUAGAAAUGUGCCCACGCUCUAGAAGCUUAUGUUCAGUUCAUGACUGGACAAAUGCAAGCGAAACAUUUUAAACGCAGAUCGGUAGUUAAAUGUAUCAGUACUGUGGUUUUUGCUAAUUUUCUCAGACGGUCAUGAUGUGAAUAAUCUAUUCGUGUGAUAACUGACGAAUUAUAAGAUUUGUUACCUUUCCUCUUAUCUCCACCCACCCCUCCUUCGGUAAACUCAAAACCUAGUUCACUUGCUGGCUCAGUUUCUGAGGUCUUAAUUUGUCACCCCUCCAUCUCCAAAAAAUGUGAAUGUGUUCAUAUUGGAAGAGUGAAAGUCUCUGUAGCUUGGAAGGCUCAGGCCUUCUCGAUUCUGGAUUGUGGACUAAAGCCAGUCAUUUUGUUGUGUUCUUUGGCAAACACUUCACUCUCAAGCUACCCCUGUCCACCAGUGAUAUAAAUUGGUUCCAUAAAAUGCUUCAUGGAACAGAAACUGAGCUUAACAUGUUGUAGCUUUGCGAUUGGCUGACCAGGUUGUGGUUUGAGAUGUUGGUGCUUAAACUCAAGUUGGUUUGUUGUUUUGCAUUGAUAGGUAAGAUAGAUACCAUUUUCCAGUGCCCAGUUUCCACCAACGAACACAUAAGGGUACUAGAGAAGUUAGAAACAAUUGAUGAAAGGUGUGGGGAGUGGGGGAGGGGGUGUCAACCUGAUAAAGACUACCACCCUAGCUCGGCAAGGUGUUAAUCUUCCUAGUUGUCUCAUGAGAAAUUAGAAAGUUAGAUAAGAGAAACUAGGAUAAGCUACUGAAUAGGACUCUAAGCCUUAAAGACUCAACCUUCCAGUUUCUUGGUUUAGGUUCUUGGAUUUGAUGUUGACACAAUCAAUUCAGUCCAGCUUUCUAACCACACAGGUUAGUGUGACAAACCUUUUGACUCCUUUACUCAAUAGAGCUUUUUUAUGUGAACAAAUAUGCUUUAUUGGGAUACAUAUUGUGUUUUUGGGUGGGAAAGUGCAGAGGUGAAAAGAGGAAGAUGUGUCUUUUCCUCUUUGUUGCCUAAUCUCUCUUUCACCUCUUUCAACUUUUUAACCAGUUGCACCAUAACAUCAGUAUGCUUAUUAUCCACACUGUUCUCUAUGCAUUUCCUUAAGCGCUGACAGGGAGAAUAUGUUUAAAAAUCAAUAACUUCUUCAGUUGGGGAUCAUUUCCUUUAGGGAUAAAUUAGAUAUUAAUUGCUCAUAGGGUUUAUUGAGCUAAUUUGUCAAGAAUCCAAGGUGAUCCAUGACCAUAAGAGUCAAAGUUACUUAGUGUUCAGUACCUUAAAUGCAUGUACAUCAAUAUGCAAGUUCUUCUGAUAAUUGCCAGUUAUAUGUCUGUUACAUCUUUUGGUUAAUCUUUGCAAAUGGAUCCUCUGUUUUUGGUCAUUUUUAACUAUCCUCUCAAAAAUGCAGAACACAACUAGAUAAAUUAAGAAGCUUAAUGUGCCCUUCUCGUGUCUUACUGAUAAAGAACCUUAGAGGUUGGUCAUUUUUAAUGUAGGAGAGCUGAAGAACCUACACAAGACCCUUUGGAGCAAGUAUGAAUACCAUCAAGUCACUCAAUAACCUGUGAGUGACAUUGUCACACUAUUUCUGUCAAUUGUUGUCUUCUUUUUUUCAAAGGAUAUGACCAUGUAAAAGGUCAAGUUCUGGAUGCUAAUGAACUCAAAGUCUUAUUUGAAGGUCUCAAACUGAACAAAUUACAUCAUUUCUCUCACCUUCUGACAGGUAAAAUAUUUAUUGCAAAUAACAGGGAUUUAUGAUGUAGUUUGAUCAUCUGGAACAACCAGGCUACACGAUAAACUUUUAUGCCUGGCUCCAAACCAUUUUUUGCAAAACCACAGACAUACUGUGUAAUGUUUAAUUUUCAACAUCGUAAUUUAAUAAGAUGCUGAACUAAUUAUAGAGUGACAACUUUGAUUUAACUGGGGCUAUCUUGCAUUUUCUGGUCAAUGAAGACUAGAUCAAAACAAGUUAAUCAGUGUUUGUGAUUCUUUUCUGACCAAUCACAGCCAAGGCCAUACAAAAUCCUUCACUGAAGUUAUUGCACUGUAGUUUCUGGCCAUUUUAUAAAUUAUAUAUAUCUUUUUUCCGUCAUGCUAACACUAUGAUGAGUGACUUACCUUGGUGAGUUUGGCUGCAAGUGAGACUCUCAAAUUUACCUGAUCAAUCGAGACUAUUUUUAUUAUUGCCCUCAGUGUUUUGAUAGUAUAUUAAUUUGUUUUGUCCAAGGUUAUGUAGGUUCAAAAUCAUUUUUGGAGGAGGUACUUCAAGUUGUCCAUGAUCUACGACAAGCAAAUCCUAACCUAGUGUUUGGUAUGUAUCUGAGCUGUGAGUUUUCUAGUUGAGGAACAGUGGUAUGCAAUAACAUUCAGUACUGAAUUGGAGUUGGUUUGAUCAUCAAAUUUUGAAAUUAUUUCUUUUUACUUUUAAAGUUUGUGAUCCUGUCAUGGGUGAUGCAGGGAAAUUUGUAAGUAUUACUUUGUGACAAGGAUGACUGACUGAAAAAGAAUUUGCUCUAAAUUUUACAUUCAGAUUCUUUACAACUUUGCAGAUAGGUGAAUCUUAAUAUUACAAUAUACUUCUAAAAUUUUGGGCUUGCUGAACUUGUGUUCGAGUUACAGGUAAUUAAAUUCAAAAUUGAGGGGGUUUCUGAGAGGUUGCUAAUGGUAGGUUCAUUUUCCAGGAAAAUUAACAUUACUUGUUUAGAAAAUUAGUGGGAAUUUUUUGUUCUAAGAUAAAAUUGAAAAGGUGGAAAAACUCAAAUUCAUUACAGAAUUCGUCUUUAAAAAUAACAAAACAAGCCUUUUAAAUAUCAUGAAUCUAUCCUCCAUACAUAAGACACAAAGGUAUGCAAAAUAUUCUUGUCUAUAUCUCGUUUUCUCUCUUUGAUAGUAUGUUCCUGAAGAGUUGUUACCAGUCUACAGAGACCAGCUCCUUCCAUUAGCAGAUAUUAUAACUCCAAAUCAGUUUGAAGCAGAGUGAGUAACUUUUAAAACUUUCUUCUUUAAAAGAGUAAUUAUUCUUGAUUAUGGUUGCAGAGCAAUGCCAACGUGCUGUGCAAAAGUACAUUAUUUACUCUCCUCAUGGAACCAUGAUGUACCCAGAUUUAGACCAGGGGUAACCUUCAAAGAAAUUUGUCUUGGAGGAAUGCAUUUUCACAUCUCAGUUUAUGUGUAAUAAAUUAUAGAGGGCAUUAGGAACAGUAUUAAUAACUGAAGUGUAAUCAAUUUCUAUGACUAUUUUUGAUAGACUUCUGACUGGCAUGAAGAUAACAAAUGAAAGCGAAGCCUUUAAGGUAUAAUGGAUCAUUAGAUUUUAAACACAAAACCAUUAUUUUAUAGAUUUUAACUGUGCUUUGUGGAGAAUUCUUUCAAUUAUUUUCAGUUGUUUAUAAUACAUAAACUUGGAUUUGAUGAUAAUAGAAAUUUCAUUGAUUGAUAGACGAAAGCAGACAUUAUCAUUGUUGUCAAUUUGACUCAUCUCAAGUCUCACUUUGAACUAUGAACUCUCCAUUUGAAAAAGUGAACUUUCUAUAUCAAAUUUUCAUGGGUUCCAUGCAUGGUAGGAAUGACUGAGCUGCCCUUUCGUGAAAUUCCUUUUUGUUUGAAAUGUAUGAUAUCAUGGUUAUAUAUUCUGAGGUGUUUUUUGUGUUUUUUCUUUUGUUUGAUUGUCAGGCUAUGAAGAUACUACAUGAAAGAGGUACCAAGACUGUGGUAAUUACAAGCUCAGAACUGGGAGAUAACAAAACACUAAUAGCUCUUGGCAGCUCUGUUAAUGGUGAGUUCUGAUUGUUUCUUUCCAUAAGACUACAAGGUAAAAUUUUCAAGCCUUCUGUAGCCUCUUAGAGACUUAAAAAUAUGUGAGAGACUUGACUUCUUGUGAGCAGUGAACAUGCUCCAUACACUUGAGAGAUCUUGUGUGAAGAUAAGAUGAUGAAUAUGGUAAAAAGGUUUUCUGCAGCUUCUACAUACCAUUUUACCACAUCAUUAGAUAACCACCACAUGUGCGUGAUCUUUUAUGGAGAUAGGAUAUUAAUAAAUAUCGUAACAAGGUUUUCUGCAGCCUCUACAUACAUUUUAUCAUAUCAUUACAUAACAACUACAGUCAUACCCCUUACAUCUACCAUUCUUGUAUCUCUCUUUUUUUAUGGUAAGCAAAGGCUAUUAACAUUCUGUCUAUGCUAAAUAUGAAACUAAAACAGCUUUUCAUGGCUCCUAACUAUUUGGAUCAUAUUUUUUUCUUUUCUUAUUUAGAGAGGGGGGACAGGGAUGGUAAAGACAUUGUAUUUUGCAUUUUGGGGUACAACAUACCAUCAUUAAGAUACCAUCAACCAUACAAGAGUGCAAGUCCUCCCUCCAGACUUGUGCCUCUCUGAUACUGUUAGUCAGAAUAUAUUUACUUAUUUCUCUUGAAAAAAGAAGCACUAAAUGUCUGUUCUAAUUCUAUCAACCUAGGCAACAAAAAGUGCAUUAGGAUGGAAAUUCCUAAAGUAGAUGCCAUCUUCACUGGAACAGGAGAUUUGUUUGCUAGUGUCCUUCUUGCCUGGCUUCAUAGACAUCCAGAUGAUUUAGCACAUGCCUGUGAGGCAACUGUAUCAACAGUUCAAGCGGUGCUGAAACGAACACUAGCUCAUGCACAGCGUAAGUGAAAUUGUCCAAGAUAGAGUAUAUUAAUACAACUGAAUUUAUCAUGAAAUUAGAAGAUCCUCGCAGCUGAGAACACUACUGAAACUAGUAGUUGUAAAUAGGACCUCUGCACCGGUAUCGCAGAGGUCGUAGGUUCAUAUCCCGUACGGGCCUGAAUUUUUUUCAGGUCCUAUUUACAACUACUAGUUUCAGUAGUGUUCUUAGCUGCGAGGAUCUUCUAAUUUCAUCUCUCCACCGCAGUGCAAAUAUGUGAAUUUUCAUAUAUCUGAAUUUAUCAUUUUACAUAUUUGACUUUUGCAAACUAAAUGGUUAAAGAGAGUUCCUGCAGGAAAAAAAUGCUGCAACUUUGUAGAACUGCAAAACUUACCAACAGGGCUUGAGCUGAAAUGAUAAUCUUUGCCAAUUAUGGUCAAAAGUUCAUAAGUAUAUGAUUGUUUCCCUCAAUAGCUGUAGACUUUAAGCUGCAGAUCUCUACCUUUUACUUAGGCAUAUGGUGGGGUUUUCAUUGGGACAUCUUACUAGCAAGUAAUAAUUCCUUGGUCUUGGUUACCUUAUAUGAGUACAGCAAAACCUUCUGUUCUUUUAAAGAAAAUGGCUUAGUUUGAAAAGGUCCAUGUGUUUUAUAGAUUUCAGCAGUACAUGAACCUUUUAUACCCAAGCAUCAGUAUAAAUACUGUUCUCCAUACAUUUCCUGAGCUGCUGACAAGGAAAAUUAGUUGAACAAUCAAGAGUUCCUUUAGAUGGUGAUCAUUCCCUUUAUUCAUUUGACUUUGAUGUUUGAUUCAGGGGUGAUAUUGUAAGAAGAAGUUAGAUUUUUUUUUUUUUUUUUUUUUUUUAAAUAUUUUAUUGUGUUUUUCCGUUUUACAUUUUAAAAAAUAAAAAAGUCUUAUCAUCGUAGUCAUAUCAUCGGCAAAUGCAGUUAAUUUAAUCUCAUGUUCAUUCCGAAUAUUGAUGCCCUUAAUCUCAUCGCUGCUUCUAAUGUAUAUAGCAAGCGUUUCUAGAGCAAUGAUAAAGAGAUAGGGGGAUAGUGGAUAGAGGAAGUUAGAUGCUAGUCACUCUUAAGGGUCAAAAGGUUAAGAAUCAGUUUGAGGGAAAAAAAGGCAGUUGCCAAAACGAAAAACCCAGAUGCUGAAUCAUAGACAUCUCUACUUUCUACAUAAUGGUUUUUUUUAAAUUAAUUAUCUGGUAGAAAUUAAGUAAUUGUUAGCUUAUUAACAUAUAGAUUUCACUGAUUCUUCUUCUUUUUUUGUCAGGACUGGCUGGAGAAGGAAACAAACCUACAGCUGGAAAAAUUGAGCUACGGCUUGUUCAAAGUCUUGAUGACAUUAGGAAUCCAAACAUAACAUUCAAAGCUCAAAUAGUUUGAGACUGACCAUUUUUCUUUCUUUUUUAAGUAGAAACAAGUUACUCAGAGAUUAGUUUUCCCUAAAAUAAAUUAUUGUAAUAAAUUGACCAAUGUAGAGCAAAAUGUGCUGUAGAAUUCAAGAUAUAUUCCACAUUAUACUGUGUGAUAAAAUUUAGGAUGUCUCCGUUUUUAAGGGUUAGAUGCAAAUUCAAAUUUCUUGCUCUUGGGAGUGGAAAAUUUUUCUAUCCCCCAACCUGAUACCUAUUAUAAAUUUCUUGCCAUGGCCUUCAUGAUUGAGGGAUGGGGCUGAAUAAAGAAAUUACAAGCCUGUCCACUGAUUUGAAAUUUGUUGUGAGGUAUAAACGUUCUUGAAGGGAUGUCAGAGUGAAAGAAACAACUCUUAAUUUUUAAAUGUUAUGCCAUAUGGAAAAAAACAUGCAUGGUUCAAACUAACCUGGUUUAUUGUGCUGUAACUCGUAAGACUUCUGUACACACAACAUGCUCCCUCACCUAUGCCCUUGCCUACUACUGAAUAGCAUACAACAAUAACUUUCUCAAUUUUUGCUUUCAUGAAAACCACUAUUUAUCCUGAAGAUAUGUACGUG